GCAGACCUUCUCUUCUGUGGAGCUGCUGUGACUCUCAGUCGGAUACUGUUGAAUCGACCAUGUCUCACACCGUGACUCUCAGCGGUCCUUCGCCGUGGGGUUUUCGGCUGGUGGGUGGACGGGACUUCAGCUCACCGCUCACCAUCUCCAGAAUAACACCUGCGAGUAAAGCAGCACUGAGCGACCUGUGCCCGGGAGACACCAUCCUGACCAUCAAUGGAGACAGCACAGAGAGUAUGACACACAUGGAUGCCCAGAACUACAUCAAAGCCUCCACAGAUCAGCUUGUGCUGGUUAUCAGCAGAACUGGAAGAGUUUGGUCUCCAACUGGAAAAGAAGAAAACAAGAGCAGUUCAUACAGUGGCACACUGGAGGCUGAAUCACAGAUCUUCCGACCAAUCAGCAGUGGAUAUAGCUCCUUUCCCAAGAGCCCAUCCCCCAAGAGUCCCAUUACCAGCAGCAUGCCCUAUAACAAUGGCAACUCAAGACCUGUGUACAACAAUCCAACUGGGCUAUAUUCACACAACAAUGGCAACGGUGCCCUACCGAAGCAGAUGGCAUGCCUCAGUCUGUGCUCUCCAAACAGCCCUGAACCACUAGUGAAUUCAUCAGGCAGCAGCAAUGGGUUCGACACACAGUCAGAUGUGUACAGGAUGCUUCAGGACAUUGAAGAACCGGUGUCAGCUCCCAAACAAUCUGGCUCCUUUAAAUACCUGCAGGGAAUCCUGGAAGCCGAGGAUGGAGGGAUUUCUGCAGUAGAAAGACACUCCGUAAGAGGCUUGCGUUCUCCAGUGAAAUCUCCAGGGCCAAAACAGGGCAGCCCCAUCAGCGCUCCUUUCACGCCCAUUCCUGGACUACAGAAGCUGCCCCAGUGCACGCACUGUGCCAAUGGCAUUGUGGGAACCAUCGUGAAGGCCAGAGACAAGCUCUAUCAUCCUGAUUGUUUCAUAUGUGAUGACUGUGGGCUCAAUCUAAAGCAAAGAGGGUAUUUCUUCAUUGAUGACAAUCUGUAUUGUGAGACCCACGCCAAGGAGCGCGUGCAGCCUCCUGAGGGUUAUGAUGUGGUGGCCGUGUACCCUAACUCCAAAGUGGAACUGGUGUGAACAUAUACCUUAACAUACAGUAUAACACAAACACACUCACAAGCUCUUGGGCAAGGAUUCGACAUGACCAACCCAGUCCUGCAAUCCAGAAAGUUGAGACUGCUCCAGUUCAUGUUCUGCUUUUUAACCUGCUGUGUUGUCACUGAACUCAAAAGAAGAGCUGUUUUCUAGGCCAGAAGCACUUUUUCCAAUGUAAGAAAGUCAACAACAUUCUUGCUGAGUGAUUCUGCUGUUGUUUUAAGGAGGAAAAUGGAAAUGUAAGGUAACGGUGUAGAAAAAUAAACCAUGACCCAGAUACUUUGAUGAACAUCUGUUCACCUAAAUUCCAGUGGCACUCCAGAGAUUUGUUGUUCUGAAAGAUGUGAUGGACUGAUGUGUUCAAAAAGGCCAUGAAAAUGCCUCAAGCCAUAUGGAAAAUGGAAAUGGAAUUCAUUUAUUCAGUUUGGGACAUUGUGUUUAUUCUUUGGCUUAGAAGUGUAUUAUAUCAUUAGCAUCGGUUACCAAAUCCAACUUCAUAUAACACAACUAUGAGUUGCAUUCUUGGAAGUACAUAAACGCAACUGCUUCUACUUCAAUGUUGGGUGUAAUCUAAUUACAACAUAAAAGUAAUUUAGUACAGUAACUAAUUAAGUCAAAAGUAGUGGAACAUGACAUUUUAAAAUCUAGUAAUCAGAUUACAGUUACUUGCAAAUAAGUGAAUUACAAGUAAUUAAUUAAUUAUGAAUUAACCAUUCUAAUAAUCUCAUUACAAUAUUUAUAGAGGUGAUUUGUAGUAUAUACAUUUUUAAUAACUUGGCGCUGUUCUGUUUCAUGUGUCAUGUUCGGAAAUGCAUCAUAACUGAACGCAACUAAACAUUGCAUUCUCAGAAGGACAUGAAUGCAAACACUUCUAACAGCACAAGCUUGAUUUCACAUGUGGUAGCAUUCUGCACAUACCACCUUUUAUUAUGUAUUUCCUUCUUUCGUUUAUUUAGUAAAUACUCUAGCACACACUCAUAUGUCAACAUGUUCAUAGCUAGCUACGUGAAAAAUAACACAUUAUGUUUAAUGGCCUAGACCAGGGGUCGGCAACCUAUGGCAUGCGUGCCAGCAUUGGCACGAGGAGGGGUAAUCACUGGCACGCCAGCAACUGUGAGAGAGAGGAGUAGACUAUUUUAUUUAUAUAAAUUUCGCUCCUGCAUUCCAAUCUACAUCUUGAUGUAAUCCUUCCUCAUGAUCACACAGUGUGUUUUCAUCAGCUGAAUGACUAAACUCUAUUAAAGAUUGACGAGACUCGCUGCACACGCAAGCCAUUCGCACAACACAAGCCCGCAGCGCUUCACAUUCGGUUAAUCGUGCGUAACCACCUGCUAAUCGUAAAUCGUCAGGUUGCACGGAUGGCAGCCUACAUUCCCUGUUUCAUUCAUUUCUUUUUGCUUUCAAAACAACACAUGAUGUAAUAAGGAAAACACCAUUAUUAAUCCUUGAGAUUUCACAUACAGGUACACCCUCAUUAAACCAUAGUCACACACAAAAUUACAUGAAAUGAAUAAAAGAGAAAACAUAAACCCACAUUGUGCUGUUCAAAAGUUUAUUUAAAAUAUAAAUUCAACCUGGAAAUAAAGUUUUAGGAUUUUGCAGAUGUGAUUCACCGAAAAGGGCUAAAUAGUUGAUCGGCUUGUGUUGCCCGAAUGGCAGCGAGAGGUUCCUCACACUUUAGCCUCCCAUUCAUCUGAUGAAAACAAACUGCAUGAUCAUGAGGAAGGAUUACAUCAAGAUGUAGAUUGGAAUGCAGGUAUGUAAAACUUAAUAUAAAUAAAAUAGCCUGCUCCUCUCUCUGUUGCUUGUGUGCUAGAGAUAACAUAAUUACAAUGACAUAAUAUAAGAAAUAUUUAAUAUUCCACACAAUUUCGUGAUCAGUAAUCAAAUAAGCAAAUUUGUGACAUUAGCUGUAACUCAUUUUGUACAAAAGAACAGGUUUUCUUUCAUUAAAGCACUUAAGAUGCUCAGUGAAAAUGUACCUGCAGUAUCAUGAUUGUAUCAUAAUCAUCACGUUUAGCACAACUUUUUCACUCAAACUGUUAUGCUGAUAAUAUCAUUUGUAAUGAAAAAUAAACAAAUUAGAAAAAUGCAAAAUAGGAACAUUUGGACUCACAUAAAUGACCCCCUUUUUUUUCUUCUUUUGGCACAGCCAUUGAUUGACCAGGAAAAUAACAAUUGGCACUCCUUGUCAAGGCUGCUGACCCCUGGCCUAGAUAUUUGAAGUGAACUCUAUCGCCCCCUUGAAUACUGAUGCUCCUUACCACCAGAUUAAGACGACAAUGCUUGUUAUAUGCAAUAGGACCAUGGGCUUACAAUGCGUUGACUAAGCAGUUGCAUCUAUGUUUUCACACUUCCGUAGAGUAUGUUUCUGGCCUUUUUAACAGAUGUAAAUUAUUAAUAUAAUUUUUUUCUUUUUUUUUUAAGAGGGCUGCUUUAUGUUUUAUCAAUGAAACCGAUGACAAGAAACAAAGAUUACUUAAGUAGAGAUGCUUUUAUUUUUAUUUUUUGGGGGCUGCUUUUCUUUACCACAGAGACUGCAGAGAUUUGUUGAUGCUUUUGUACAUUCUGUAAAAAAAUAACAAAUGUUAGUUUUGGUAGUUUCUUAUGAAUUACAUAAAUGUGUGCCUUUUUUAAAAUUCAUAACACAUUGUAUAACUGCCUCCUUGUACUUAGAGACAUCUGUAAAUAAUUUGGAUGCUAACAGAUUGUUAGUCUUUUAAAUGACAAGGAACUAAAUAAAUAUUCACUGUCAAGGCUCUAUGAAACACAAAAA